AUGGCAGGUGAAAACGUGGUCCACAAUGAGUACAUCUUGCUUGUUGUGGUAGGCAUCAUCCUCUUUGGCCUGUGCACGGGCGUCUGCGCCUUCACGUGGAGGAAUCGACGCGACCUUUGGUUGCUGAUAGCGAUCCCGCUCAAGCUUGGCCCUGGACAUGACGACAUCGAGAAGGCCACCACGGCGGAUCGGAUCGUCUAUGAGCGAGCGGAGCAGAGGAGGCGCGAGAGGGAAGAGCGAGAGGAGGCUCUGCGAGAAGCUGCAGACCCGGGGCAAGGUUCCGACGACGAAGCCCCGGUGAUGCCCCACCAGUUGGAGGAGGGGCGCCGCAGCCGCACUGGCAGCAAAGGAAGCACCACCGCCGGCACCGACAGCAGGACCAGUCAGGCUGUUGGGAAGCACAGAGGUCGGAAGUCCAGCCGAGCCUCCGACCCUGGAAUUGCCCGCCGACACCUCCAUGAAGGAGACCUGGACUCUAGACCCAUUUCGCUCACGAUGCCUCCUGGCGGGCGGAAGAUGGGGCGCGUGUCUCCCCUGGAUGUAGGGGACGCCGAGGAUCCCCUGAGCCUGAGCGAUAGCACGCAGGUCGGGAGCUGA